AUGGCUACCCAUCAUCUGUAUUUUCCGACACUCUCUCCCCCUCUCUCUGGCAAGUCACAAACAGACAUGUAUAAAGUUGCAAGUGCAUCAGAAUACCUGGUGAUCACCGGUGUUGGCAUCGGUGACAUAAAAAUAGCUAAGAAAGCAUGGAUCCUUCCGGGUCAAUCUUGGACCGUCUUCGACAUCUCACCUGUAAAUUACACCUUCGAAGUCCAAGCUAUGAGCGCCGAAAAGCUCCCUUUUGUCCUCCCGGCGGUCUUCACCAUCGGCCCACGGAUCGACGACGACGAUAGCCUCCUCAAAUAUGCUAAGCUCAUCUCUCCCCAUGACAAACUCUCUCACCAUGUCAAAGAGCUCGUCCAAGGCAUCAUCGAAGGCGAAACUCGUGUCCUAGCAGCCUCAAUGACCAUGGAAGAAGUUUUCAGAGGAACCAAAGAGUUCAAGCAAGAAGUGUUUGCGAAAGUUCAACUUGAACUUAACCAGUUUGGACUUUUGAUCUACAAUGCAAAUGUCAAACAGUUGGUGGACGUGCCAGGGCACGAGUAUUUCUCUUACUUGGGUCAGAAAACUCAGAUGGAAGCUGCGAAUCAAGCGAAAGUUGAUGUUGCAGAGGCGAGGAUGAAGGGAGAGAUCGGCUCGAAGCUUCGAGAGGGACAGACGCUUCAAAACGCGUCAAAGAUCGACGCGGAGACGAAGAUUAUAUCGACGCAGAGGCAAGGAGAGGGGAAGAAAGAGGAGAUAAAGGUGAAGACUGAGGUGAAGGUUUUCGAGAACCAGAGGGAGGCAGAAGUGGCGGAGGCGAACGCCGAAUUGGCAAAAAAGAAGGCUGGAUGGGCUAAGGAGGCGGAGGUGGCGGAGGUGGAGGCUACAAAAGCGGUGGCUCUCAGGGAGGCUGAGUUGCAGAGGGAGGUUGAGAUUAUGAAUGCAUUGACUCGUACGGAGAAGCUUAAGGCUGAUUAUUUGAGCAAAGCUAGCGUUGAGUAUGAAACCAAGGUACAAGAAGCAAACUGGGAGCUGUAUAAGAAACAAAAGGCCGCCGAAGCAAUUUUGUACGAGAGGGAGAAAGAAGCGGAGGCUCAGAAGACGAUCGCCGAGGCUGCUUUCUAUGCUCGUCAACAGGUUGCCGAUGGAGAGUUAUAUGCGAAAAGGAAAGAGGCUGAAGGACUUGUGGCUCUUGCACAAGCCCAAGGCAGCUACUUGCGCACCCUCCUCGAUGCAUUGGGAGGAAAUUAUGCGGCACUGAGGGAUUACCUGAUGAUUAAUGGCGGACUGUUUCAAGAAAUUGCGAAGAUCAAUGCUGAUGCCGUGAAUGGAUUGCAGCCAAAAAUCAGCAUUUGGACGACAGGGGGUGGCGGAGAGGCAGCCCUUGGUGGUGGGAGUGAUGCCAUGAAGGAGGUUGCUGGUGUCUACAGGAUGUUGCCACCUUUGUUUAAGACUGUGCAGGAGCAAACUGGAAUGCUACCACCUGCAUGGAUGGGUGCCUUGACUGAUUCUAGUCACUCUUAA